AUGGUUCGAGAGGAAGUCACCUGCUCGAGAUCUAUCUUGGGUAGAAUCGUCUCGCUUCAAAAGCACUCGAAGAGGUCUGAAGAAUCUUUGACGAGCGUCCGGCGACUGGAGCCAGCGAUCCAUAGGCCUCGUAUGCAGGACGUUUUCAACGCCUCUUGGGAAAAUAGCGGAGCAGACCCACCAUUGAGAGUUGGUAUGAGUUUGGAUAAAGCUGCAAUCGACCCAGAUUACCUGCGCGACAUGGGUUUUUCGCUACCUGGCUCUGUUGUCGACAGUGCGCUUGUAGCAGAUUUUGAUUAUUAUCAUACAGCCACUAGCCUGGGUCGUUCCACCGAGGGUUGUAGUUGCAGAUUAUGUGUCGCCGUUGACGCUGUGACCAGGCCACUGUUUGCUCGGAAUGCUGCCGUGGGGGACCUGGGGAAUCUUAUCGUCUCGGCAACAGUUUCCGUCGACUUGAGCUUGAACGCGAGAGCCACUGCAAGCGUGAAGGGUGUACCAGUCUCCAACGGGUAA